UAAAAGGGAAAUUCCCUUAUGCUGAAUAGGCUUCCUCGCGAGAAAAGGGAAAACUUGGCAGCUAUGUCCGGGAUGCGGGAGCCGAGGGGGCACCCGUGGGGGAAGGGAAGGGGAACCCCCUCCUCUGCAGCGGGGCUCGGGGGCCUUGAUUCAGGUGGGCCCCCACCCCCACCCCUGCCACGCCACUGCCCUUCCGCUCCGGCGUCUCCUCCGGUGGAAAGCGGGCGACCUGGGGUUGGCGUGUCAAAUGAAAUAAAAUUUUGGGGAGUGCCCAGGUAAGCCCCCCCCCCAUAGAUGGAUUUCUCUAGCGAGAGAGUUACUGAAUCUUAGGCCUGUCUGUCUGAGCUCUGGCUCCUUAUCUAUGGGGGAAGGCCGCUCUGCACAUGCUCAGGAGCACGGUUUCAUUCAUCCUUGGCCGCUCAUGUUAACAGCUCAUGUUAACGAAGCCCAGCAUUGAAAACAAGGCAGCGUCCAGAAAUCAGGACCCGAACCGACAGAAUCCCGUUACAAGGGAGGAGAUUCUGACUAAACCUUAGGAAGGACUUUUUGAAGGUCAGACCAGAAUGGACUCCCUUGGAGGUGGCGGACUUGGAGGCUUUUAUGCAGAGGUUGGAUGGCCAUCCCUCAGGCAUGCUUGUUGAGAUGCCUGCUUUGCAGGGGGUUGGGCUGGAUGACCCUCAGGGGCCCUUCCAACUGUACAGUUCUAUGAUCUACAGGGGGGUUGUGUCAAGAGGUUCCACAGCCCCUGGCCCUGUGAGUUCCAGGGGGGUCUGUGAACCCCCCACGUGUCAUGCGAUGGGGAGAGAGUUCUCUAAGGAGUAAGGUCCCCUUUGUCUUUCUCUCUCUCAGGUUCCAGUGACCUUUGAGGACGUGGCCGUCCAUUUCUCCCCAGAGGAGUGGGCACUGGUGACGGACUGGCAGAGGGACCUCUACUAUGAUGUCAUGGAGGACAACUUUGAGCUGGUGACUUCACUGGGAGAUGUUCCUCUCGGACCGAAGCUUCUGUGCCAGAUUGAGCGAGGGGAAGAGCCCUGCGUUGUGGGUCGCCCUGCGCAAGGGGACACAGAUGCCAUGGGGAGGGCCAGUUCUGGAGAGCCGACCAUGCGCUGGCCGGAGUUGGCGAUGAAAGAGGAGCCGAGGAAGAAGGAGAGCCUGCCUGCCUCCCCUCCCUGGUCCCUCUCGGGACCCCGGUUCCUUGCCCUCCAAGAGCUGUGCCCCAGGUGGUGCCAGGUGGAGCUGACGGACAUACGGAGCCUUGUCCAAGAGGGGCCUCUGGAGAUGGGCGCGCUGCAGGAGCCCGAGCUGCUCAUCUGUGGCGAGUGCGGGAGGAGCUUUGAGGACGGGGGCUCCCUGGCGGACCACCAGGCCACCCACGAGGAGCAGAGAGGCCCCUUCGUCUGCCCUUCCUGCGGGAAGCUCUUCCUCUACCGCCUCAACCUCCUGACCCACAAGAAGCACCGGGCGAAGGCUCAGCUUGCGUGCGGCCCCUGUGGCCUCCGCUUCUGCCUCAAGGGGGACCUCUUGCGCCACCGGGCCAGCCACGCGGCCAAGGACCUCUACCCUUGCGGCGCUUGCGGUGAGGCCUUCCGGCGCAAGGCCCACCUGCUGGCCCACGAGGCGGUGGAGCAUGCCGGAAGGGUGGGCCGUGACUGCCCCGAGUGCGGGGAGGCCGUCAGCGGGGAGGCGGAGCUCGCACGGCACCAGGCGGCGCACCGGGAGGAGCCCCGCCCCUUCGCCUGCGCCUUGUGCCCAGAGACCUUCAGCUGGAAGGAGAGCCUGCGGCUGCACCAGCAGACGCAUGCCCAGGAGCGGGGCCACCCCUGCCCAGACUGCGGGAAGAUCUUCAGCCGCCACGGGAAUCUCCUGGCCCACCAGCGGCUGCACACUGGGGACCUGCCCUUUGCCUGCUCUGAGUGCGGCCGCGCUUUCCCUACAAACGUCGCCCUUGUGGCUCACAGCAAGAUGCACCGCCGGGCCGGGCCUCUCUCCUGCCUGCACUGCGGCCGCUGCUUCCGCUCCCAGGAGAAGCUCCUCCAGCACCAGAGCGCCCACAGCGGGCAGCCGAAGGAGGAGGACGGGGUCAAGGAGGAGGGCGAGGCGUAAUGCUCCCGUUCUGCCUGUAGGUGGAGCAAGCCAGACUCAGGGAACCCCUUUGCGCUCUCUCUCCAUUAUCUCGGACUUGUCAUAAACCUGUUUUUCAAUAACACACCUUGACUGGUUUGUUGUUUGUUGUCUUUGCCUCUCACCUUCUUUCCAAGCUCAGGCUUCUUCCCCUGUGAAGUGGCUUAGGAUGGGAGCUGGGAGGAGGCAGUGACUGGCUUCCAAGGUCACACCCAGUGAGCUCCAUGGCCAAGGGGAGCGGGAUUUGAACCCUGCUCUCUCCCAGGUCCCAGUCCGACACUCUUAAGCACAACAUCGCACCACCUUGCAUGUUAACCUGAGGCCCUUGGUGGGCUGGGUAGGGCCUGGCAGGGGGAAGGUGGGAUCCAGAGAUGCAGGGAGCCUUGUGCCCACCAAACACCUCCGGGGUUUAUGCACCCCAAGGAUUGCAACUU